CUCAUCUAGCGGUGGCUACAUUCAUGUCGCAGGAGAAUGUAGCUAGCUACUGAUCCGGUACCGCUAACCAAGUCCGCUGCUAAAUGAGGAGGAGCCUUAGUUAGCAUUAGCUUUGGAGAUGAUUAGCAGGCCUAAGCUGAGGACUGUCUGGAUCGCCUUCGUUCUCUGCUGUCCAUUAGCACAGGUAGGCUAGCAUUAGCAUUAGCUAGAGCUAGAGUUAACACUGGAGAGACUGUUAGUCUUGAAUAGUCUAACAACCUGUGUGCUGAGGUUAGAUGCUGGUCGUCCACGACUUUCAGUGUCUUUAAUUUGCUGCAGUUUGAAACUUUCAAUAGACACUUAAAACCUGGACUAGAUUAUUCUGCACUAAAAGCAGAAUGUUUAAAACCAUUUUGUGAACGUUCAGUAAAAAGAAUGGCUGAUUUAAACGACGUCAGGAAAACAUCUGCCAUAUUUAAACAGUUUGUUUUCCUACGCUUCCAGUUUCAAAGAGCAUUUAGCAUCAAAUCUUAAGGAACAUUAAAGACGUCAGGAACUGAGGUAGCAAUGAUUUUCUAAUUUAACAAGAACGUGAAGAAUUAUGUAUGAAGAUCGCUUCAACAGAUAACAGGAAGAGAUUCGCUUGAGGAAACUAGUGGAUGAGCGUGAAAAAAUGAUUGAGCAGAUAAAGAAACUAAAAUCCCAGCUGGACCAGAAGAACGGCGCAGACAGCGGGUCCAGUCCAGACGGGGAAGCUGCUGAAAACGGGAACGACCCGAACAUCAUGGAGCUUCAGAGAGACUCCAGCAGGCAAAUAAACGACCUGAAGUUCAAACUGGUGAAGGCGGAACAGGAAGUGACGGCUUUAGAGCAAAACGUGACCAGACUGGAGGGUCAUGUGACUCGUUACAAAUCUGCAGCGGAGAACGCAGAGAAGGUGGAGGACGAGCUGAAGGCGGAGAGACGCAAACUGCAGAGAGAGCUGCGGACGGCGCUGGACAAGAUCGAGGAGCUGGAGUCGAGCAACAGCCACCUGAAUAAAAGGCUGGAGAAGAUGAAGUCGAGCCGCGGCAUGGCCCAGACGCCAUGAACCCGUCCGGAUCCCUCCAACCAACCAACCCAACUCCCAACGUGCCAUUUUCUGUCUGCUCCCCGUGGAAAGGAAUUCUGCWGAUCCUGGACCCAAACGGGUCGGUGUGGACGCUCUUCUUCAGCUCCAGCUGCCGGUGGACCGUCCGCCUCCACCGACACACAAACUGGUUCCCAGAUGAACAUGAACUCGACCCCUUUUCCAGGAUCGGUUCCUUCCUGUCCUGCACCGGCGGUUCUGUACCGCAGCAGCUUGACUGGAUGCCGCAGCCGCGGCUCCAAGCUGCGUCCUGUAGUCGGUCACUGGUUGGCUUGUAGAAACAGGGACUGAGUUACAGACACUGGGGAGACGCUGUUCACAAAGCUGUUCAUGUUUGUAAGGACRCAUGAAGAACUGCAGUCUGUGCAAUAAAAYAUCUGAGGCUCUUCAUUUUCCACUGUGUUGUUGGACUGUUGCAGCCUGGAUGUGAGUACGGGGCAAAAUCACUGUCAAUAAGAAAUGAACACUGGAGUCUACGAUUGUCAGUAAAUAUGCAUAAAUUUA